AUGCAUUUGAAGGUGGUAGAAGAAAGAACAUAUCAUAAGAGAGUACCUAUUAUUUUACAUCAGAUUGAAGCAGAGCGUCGGUUGCCGCCCUUUUCCUCCAAUAAGAAGUUAGCACCGCCAUCCUCAAAGCCUCAAAAUUUCUUCUCCGAUCAUCUCAUAACCACCACCACCACCACCACCCUACAUGCCACCUUUUCAUCACCUCCGUCUUUGACAACCUUUGUCGACAGGAACAUCGAGAGCCGCCGUUCGACCGGCCAAUCAUCAAGUCGCUCCUGUCUCCACCCUUAUCUCUACACACACCGCCAUCACCACUUCCCCUUUAUGAGCUUUGUCUCAGGAGGGCCGAGGGUAUAUAUUCUACACCGCCAUCACCACUUCCCCUUUAUGAGCUUUGUCUCAGGAGGGUAUAUAUUCUACAUGUCGGUUGAAAAAGAUAGGUGUAUAGAGGUUGUUAAUAUGCUAAAGGGAAGUGCACAUGCAGUGUUUGUGGAAAUGCCCAAGAGAAGGUUUCUAAAUCUUCUUCAGAGUUGGAAUUGGGUAGAUUACAGACAUAUGAGCUGGUGA